AUGGCAGCUGUCAGCCAACCCGAAACCCUUCCCUUAUACCCCGGGGAGGUUUUGGAAACCAUUGCCGGCUUUCCGACGAUUUAUCAUUAUCAACCAGCCGAAAACCCGGAGGCCGCAGAAGCAUCGAAACCACUUGUCGUCUGCAUUCCAGGGGCAUUACACUCAGCUCGCAUUUUCUAUGGCGGACAUCAGGGAUACCGCCCAGAUGACUUUCUGGCCUACUGGCUCAGCAAACUCGGGUUUGGGGUACUGUCCUUAUCGUACCCCAUCGAGACGACUUCCCUGAUGAUGCCACUGACGGCCGCGAGGUUCAGACUCCAGGAUUGGGGCCGGCAGGCUGCGACAACCACCAGAAAAGUCAUGGAUCAGAAGUCUCUGGCCACUCGAUCCGUGAUCCUGCUCUCGUGGAGUAUGGCCGGCAGGAUGGUUGUUCCUUUCAACAUCGCAGCCAAGGAAUUAGGCCUGGACGUGAAGCAGAUGAUCAGUCUUGCGGCGACACCGGGCAUGUCGAGCAUUCGACCUGUUUCACCUGGAAUUAUCUGCACCCCCGCGGGCUAUUUUAACAUUCCACCACGCCUUGAAAACUUCUACGAUCAAGUGAACGCCAUGAAGCCCUUGAACAACAACCUGGAAACGAUACCUCGUGAGAUAUACCUGCGAGAGUACCUCGGAGGAACGCCGAUCAACUUAAUUGGCCUGCGACUCAAGUAUGACGGGAGUGGAGCCUUUGUCCGAGACGAAAAGACCCAUGAAGAGGACUCUCAAGUGUUUGACAUGGCCAAUACCCCGUUCAUCUCGGCCAUUUCCCACCUUGAUAUCGAAGACGCUAGUCAUGCCCUUGGAGACAAGGCAGCCUGGGGCUUUCUCCUGACAUACAAAUUGGAAAGCAUGAUCGGGAAACAAGGACUCGCGAAGAUCAAAGGAACGCUUAAGUGGCCUCAGAUUUUGGAUCUUGUACACUCGGCACCUGCGAGGUUGAUUGCGUAUAUCGAUGGCAACCACUUCUUCUUUGUCGGCCAGACCAGUGCCCGAAAAACUGCCGAUAUUAUAGCCAAGCUGUUGGAAGAGGGGACAUCCAUUCAGAAUGAGCUAUCUGCGCUAUUAGCCUAA